AUGUCAGAUCAGUCAACACCUGUUGCUUAUACUCCUAAAUCAUUGGAUCUCUGUAGUUUACAAAUGGUCACAACAAACGAUGAAUGGGAUAUUACUGGCAUCAACAGUGCAGCCAUUACUCUGGCUGAAACGGUAAUUCGAAAAGCAAUUGAUUCUGCCACUAUUUCAGAACAAUAUUCCAUUAGUUUGGAUAAAGAUCUGGAUGUACAUAAGGAACAGAUUAAAUCUAUUACAACUCAACAACAAAUUCAAAUCCAUUUUCAACAAGAAUGUUCCAGACAAUUAUCAAUGAUAUUAAAAGGUUUAAAACCAACAAUACAAGAAGCAAAAUUAAAAAUUACUUUAUAUGCGCAUGAUACUUUGAAAAUGCAAGUUGAUGAUGAAAAUGAAUUAACCAUACCAAAAGACUGGAGUGACCAGAAAGAAGGUUGUAAAUUAGUUGAAAUUAAUCGAAAUGAUCCGAUUUUUAUUCGCAUUGAAAAUUGUAUGAAAGAAACUUUGAGUAAUACAAAAAUUGAGAAAAUUGAACGAGUACAAAAUGUUCGUAUGUGGAAUCAUUAUUCAUUUCGUCGUCGAAAGCUUAAAGAAGAUUUUUGUGAUAAGUCUGAUUUACAGAUUGAGAUGGAACUAUUUCAUGGAACGAGAACAACACCACCCAGUGAAGUUUAUAAUGGUGAAUAUGGUUUCGAUAUAACAUUCAGUACAAGUGGUAUGUGGGGUAUCGGUGUCUAUUUUGCUAAAAAUGCUUCGUACUCAUGUCCAAGUUAUGCACAUAAAUUAUCAAAUGGUAAAUGUCAAGCAUUUUUAGCGCAAUUUCUAACUGGAGACGUCUAUGAUUGUCCGAGUAAUCCAAAAUUGCGUCGACCUCCGAAAAAAAUUGAAUCCAUUUCUGGUCUACCAUAUAAUAGUAUAUCAGGCACUACAGGAGGCAGUAAGUUUAUAUUGUGUACGAAAAUCGUGUAGUUUAUCCGACCUAUUUGAUUACGUUUACUUUAUAGCUUUUAAACAUUUUUUUAAUGAACUUGUUUUUAAUAUAUAUGCAUUAAUCUCGAAUGAUUUAGGUGUGUUUUUUAAUAAAAUAUUUAAAAAAAACAAGAGAUUCUUGAUUGAGUUUACACAUGAAAAGACAUGGAAAGUGAUUCUGCAUUCGAAAUGAAAAGAAACGCUCUCAAUGCUGUUCUUUUCGGACGAAAAUCCGAAACAUGAUGGAAUUACUAUUGAGCAUGAUGGUGAAAGUUAUUCACCAUAUCUAUCUUAGUCUAUUACAAAAGUAAAUUCAACAUAUGGUUUUCAUUUAUUUAUAUAUCAAAACUAUUAAAAAUAAUGUUAGUCAAACAAGAUAAAAUAAAACUAAGCUAUUUAAAGAGAAAAGAUUUACGAUCGAACUUCAUCUUUUCUGUUGACGAAUUCUACUACAACAAUUUCUAACAAAACAAUUUAGUAAAAGGAAUAUUUAUUUUGCGAAUAGAAUUCAAAAACGCGGCGAAAACGGACUUUUAUCAAAAUUGACGUGUUCAGGCUAUUUUCACUUUAGCCUAGUUAUCUUGGCUAGAAAUCGUAUGCUUUCAUUGGACGUGCUGCGCUCGAAAAUUCUUUUGGGGAUCAUCAGAGAGUUUUGAUAAUAUGCCCACUGGACAGACCAUAGCCGGCUAUUUCUGCAAGUAUUUGGUUUAAGCUUUAAUCUUGAACCAGAACGAAAUCGAGAAUAUAAAUUCCCAUUAUAUCAUUCUGAAACUUAAACUAUCAAAACACAAAAUCAAUCCUUGCACGAAGCUAGGAUCGAACACA